AUGACAGCAGCAGACCGUACAACUCCUGUUGUCUACCAAUAUUCCCUUCCCGCUCACACGCGCAACGACAGUAAACAACCACUCGUCAGGCUGGGGAGUGCAAACACCUCGCAAAACAAUCUACCAUCAGCACGAUGUGGAAAACCAGGUCGUAAGGAGCGCAUACCUGCAAAAGACGUAUGGCUGUUUUCCAUCGAGAUUGUCUGCCUUGUUGCAGCUUUACUCAUUGUCUUUGAGUCUCGUCUGGCAAUAUGGUUGGGCCAGAUCAACCAAUUGAUUGGAAUCGGCUUCGUUCUCGCCGUCAUGGCCAUGUGCCUUGAAGGGCUGGUCCUACGCACUGCUCUUAUCCACACCGCAAACCGAAGCGGCACCUCCAUCCAAGAUCUAGAUGCACUCAUGAGAAAAGAUCCCUUCUCGUCGAGGCACGUCCACAUCGCUUACCGGAUACUUCUGUUAUUUCUGUUGGGUUUACCAUUGCUAUUGAGCAUUGCAUACAAGAGAUUCGUGGGUGGAGAGAGCACUGUUGUCGUCAACCACGGUGACGGACUUUUUGGCUUUUCUUCAACACCGGGCAAGCAAAGGAUAGGAGACGGUCUGUCGAUCUUGUCUGACGUGUACGUGCCAUUUUGGAUCAGUCCUGGCCUCAACCGGACCUAUGGUUUCAACAUGUACAUCCCGACCGACAACAAAACUGGCGUGAUCGUUGACUCCCCAUUCCCCUCGUAUCUGACAGGCCUCCAGUCCAGUCUUAACGGUGGAGAAUCUCUGACGCUAUCAGCCACUGUCAACGCGACCCUAUCCGAAAUGGUCAACCCGACCGCAGAAGAACGGAGCAGCGACGACUUCUGGACGGACGUGCAGGACCAGUUCGAUCAUCCAGCGACACAAAAUGGAGGCAACGUCGAUGGCGCUAACAACGCCAUGUGGGCAGGCAUGAGUGGAAGUUUCCUGACCAACUUCUCCGUCAUGUAUUUUUCGGCCUGGAACACGACCAGGAACGAAACUUUCUACUCCGAAGCCAUCCGUACCGAACAGUCGAGACGCCGGGCCAGAGCGACCUGGUUAAUUUCCUCGUCGAACAUCACGCUCGUUCAAGCGGAGCUCAUCCCCAACAGCACUCUCGACAACCAAUUGCUGCUUCAGAACAACGCCAUCGGGCUGCAGGAGAUGUUCAGCACCUUUCUUGGAGAGUACGACUGGCACAACCGUGCCGGCGCUUUUGAUUUUCCCUACCCCGAUGGCGGCUUGGGGACUGAGGGUGAAGUCAGAUAUUUCCAGCCGGUGAACACCGUCCCUCCACUUGCAGCUACGAUGGCUUGGGCGCGGAUCACCAGUUUGGACACCGUCGAUCGACCGGGUGGCCGCAACAACUCCGAAAUGAGUGCUCUGACAGGAUACUCCAAAGGAGCGGAAGACAUCCUCACGGUUCGCACUGUACCGACACUCCGAAGAGAUCCACUGUUGGUGGCUGUCUUGGUCAUAAACCCUGCGCUGUUCUUAGUGUGCGUCCUCAUAAAAGCGACCUGGCUGUACGGAAGUCCCAUGGGGGAUGACGCCAAUAUCAUUUCGUUACUGGCUGCAGCAGAUGGCGGUGACCUGGGUGCAUUAAGGGGAGCCUCUUUGACGGGAAAGCUGAACAGAAAAGUCCUGCUGGCGUUUCAUACGGAAAGAGAUGGUCUGGCUGGAAGAUGUGGCUCGGACCGAGGGUCCGAUCGUGUUGUAAUGACUGUCGAUGGUCUGGGACCGGGCCAGGAGUUCAAUCACAAAUGGCCUGUAGAUCCGUGA